AUGUUGGAAAAAUGCAUCCCAAAACAUCAAUCGUUGAUCGAAUUCAGCGCUAAACUCGACGACAUUUACACACUGCCGAUCCUCAGCCACAUGGUUAUCUUUAGCGUGCUGAUGUGUUUCGACACGUACGAGGUCAUUCUGGCGGACGUAUCUCCCGGGACACGACUCAUUUUCUUCUUCCACAUGAUCGGCAGUUUUACCCACAUCAUUUUUUUCACGUAUAUCUGCAAUGGUUUAGUAGAGGAAAGCACGAAUAUUAGCACGGCAUCGUAUUCAGGAUG